GGGCUCAGGCAAGGUCUUCAGUUGAGUUUGAGCAAUUGCGCGCGGCUAGAGGUGGUCCCGUUCACCCGUCAGGCCAAGUUUGAGCUGAUCACGUCCGAGGCCUCAUACAUCCACAGCCUGUCGGUGGCCGUGGGCCACUUCUUAGGAUCUGCUGAGCUGAGCGAAUGUCUGGGGGUGCAGGACAAGCAAUGGCUGUUCUCCAAACUGCCCGAGGUCAAGAGCACCAGCGAGAGGUUUCUGCAGGACCUGGAGCAGCGGCUAGAGGCAGAUGUCCUGCGUUUCAGCGUGUGCGACAUUGUGUUGCUCCACUGUCCAGCCUUCCGCCGAGUGUACCUGCCCUACGUCACCAACCAGGCCUACCAGGAGCGCACCUACCAGCGCCUGCUCCUGGAGAACCCCAAGUUCCCUGGCAUCCUGGCUCGCCUGGAGGAGUCUCCCGUAUGCCAACGUCUGCCCCUCACCUCCUUCCUUAUCUUGCCAUUUCAGAGGAUCACCCGCCUCAAGAUGCUGGUGGAGAACAUCCUGAAGCGGACAGCACAGGGCUCUGAAGACGAAGACGUGGCCACCAAAGCCUUCAAUGCACUCAAGGAGCUGGUGCAAGAGUGCAAUGCCAGUGUGCAGUCCAUGAAGAGGACAGAGGAGCUCAUCCAUCUGAGCAAGAAGAUCCACUUUGAGGGCAAGAUCUUCCCGCUGAUCUCGCAGGCCCGCUGGCUGGUUCGGCAUGGGGAACUGACAGAGCUGGCACCACUGCCCGCAGCACCCCCCGCCAAGCUGAAGCUGUCCAGCAAGGCAGUCUACCUGCACCUCUUCAACGACUGCUUGCUGCUCUCUCGGCGGAAGGAGCUAGGAAAGUUUGCCGUGUUUGUCCAUGCCAAGAUGGCCGAGCUCCAGGUGAAGGAUCUGAGCCUGAAGCUCCAAGGCAUCCCCGGCCACGUGUUCCUCCUUCAGCUCCUCCAUGGGCCACAUGCGAAGCACCAGUUCCUGCUGAGGGCCCGGACUGAAAGUGAGAAGCAGCGAUGGAUCUCAGCCAUGUGCCCCUCCAGCUCCCAGGAGGAGAAGGAGGUCUUCAGCGAGGGCCAAGACCACCCCCAGGUUCAGUGUGUCAGGACAUACAAGGCCCUGCAGCCGGACGAGCUGACCCUGGAGAAGACUGACAUCCUGGCUGUGAGGACCCAAACCAGUGAUGGCUGGCUGGAGGGGGUCCGCCUGGCAGAUGGCGAGAAGGGGUGGGUGCCCCAGGCCUACGUGGAAGAGAUCAGCAGCCUCAGUGCCCGCCUUCGAAACCUCCGAGAGAAUAAGCGGAUCACAAGUGCCACCAGCAAACUGGGAGAGCCCCCCCCAUGAUGGGCAGCCAUGGCCUGGAACGCCGGCUCCGUGCCCAGCUCCUGCACAGGUCUGCAGGGACCUGUAGUGUCCCAAGCCCCAGGCCACUGCUGGUGUUCCACGGCCUGCGUCCAGAGUACAGCCCGUCCUCACACUCCUCCAGGUCCACACUUCAGGGCCGACACCAGUUUCUUCCUCCCACAGAGGGACUGCACAGGUGACCUGUGACAGCUGGCAAGGACUGGAGCCCACUCCCUUCACGCUGCCUGACUCUUGGUCCCUCUGGCAGGGGCCCAGCUGGGGACAGCUCUCGUGCUGAUGGGUGCUGGGACCUAUAUGUAUAUAGAUAUAUAUAUCUGGGGUCUUCUGGCCAGAGACUGCAUGGGCCCUGGUGGCUGUGACUUUUCUGUAAAUAAACUCCCAUGAUGCCUUUG